GCUGCGCCCGGCCGGCCAGUCUCAGUCAGCAGCGCGCGCGCCCAGCACACCAUGAUGACCCUCCUCCUUCUGGCGAUCGGCCUGGCCGCUCUCGCCCCGCACAACGCGGACGCCGCCAGCAAGCUGCCAUGAAUGUGACCAGCAAGCACACGAAGCUCACUUUCUUCGCACCGACUAUCACCAUCGCCGGGACUUACACGGCUUCUGGGCGGGUACUCCUACUGCCCGUCACAGGCACGGGGCCCUCCAACAUCACACUCAAGGACAUGAAUAUCAGUUAUGAAUACGACUGGCCCUUGAAGAAGAGGUCGAGUGGGCGAGAGUACAUCGACAUCAUCAAUAGCAAGAUGACCCUCAAUAGCCUGGGUCACAUGGCGGUGAGAUUCGACAACCUCUUCAACGGGGAUCGCCUUCUCGGAGAAAACAUGAAUAAUUUCAUCAAUGAGAACUGGAGAGAAGUUUCCAAAGAGUUCGGACCAGGUGUCGCAGACGCAAUCGGAGAAGUAUUCAAGCUUGUUCUAAAGAACAUUUGUGAUGCUGUGCCGUACGAUGUAGUAUUCAAUAUUAAGUAGUUAUUAAAUAGUCAUGCUUGUUAUAUGUAAAUCGAAGUAGAAUAAGUCUAAUCUUAUUUUUUUAAACAGUAUUAAAUAAAAGAAUAAAAAACUGUAAUUUUAGAAAUAAGUCUACACAGGAAAACACGGGAAACCCAAGUGUGUGACUGAUGUUCACUUUUGGGUGUGUAAAUGUCACACAAGUGUAGGCGUGUGAAUUUUUAUUUGUACGCAUUCGCAUUACAGGUACGGGUAUGCGACAUUCCUUGAGGUAAUUGACACCUUUUCAUGUACGAGUGAAUUGAAAUUCUCACAUCUGCAAGUGUGUGUUUUCAGUUUUCAGAAUAUCUUUUUUGUAUCUAGAGCCUGGCUUUACAGUUUCGUUCACUACACCCCAGGGCUUUCUAUGGGUAACGGGUAACCAGUAAGGCCUAGCCUUAUGCUCACUGUGAUCUAGAACUUGGACGUUUUCCCACUAUUGACCAAUAUUUUUAUAGGAAAAUUGAAAAUUCAUUCAUAUUUGUGCUAGUAAAUAUUUCACUCUUCUAUUCUUGUAUACGUCAUACGGAAGACAAAAGAUCAUUGAAUUGUUCGACAGCAAAAUCAUCAAUGCAAGAUCGAAAUUACUGUUGAAAUGAUAUCGAGUCAAUAUCUCAUUGAUAUCAAAGUGAGUCGAAACCUAGGCAGAGUAGUGAUACAAAUUAAAUGCGUUAUCAUUGUGACACUGGUACGCAUGUUGUAUGUUUUCUGAGCCGUAUUCUAUGCGUGGUGCGAUACUGGUCGUGUUAUAAAUUUUUCAAUGUGUUCAAGUUUACUGCAUGGGAUAAACCGUGCGAAAUGUGAAACUGCUUUUUGGUAACAAUAGAUGUAUGUAAGCAAAAAAUAACAAAAUUAAAAUAUCCAAUUGAUA